AUGGAGCACCAGAGGUCUCCCCAGGAGCGUAGUCUCGCCUGGUACCGCCCGCAUCAACUGAUUGCCCACGAUCAGAUGGAGGGCCGCGCCUUUCAAUACUUUGCCCGUGUUGUCGGUCCCGUUCUGUCCGGACCCCAAGAUGCAUACUUCUGGACACACCUCGUCAUGCAGUUCGGCCACUUUGCCCCCGCCGUACGUCACGCUGUGCUCGCCAUCAGCUCGCUGCACGAGGAUUUCCAGAACGGCAAACGCAUCACGAGCGAGCUGCCAGGGAACCCCUUUGCGCUGAAACACUACAAUGCCUCCCUGCGCCAUAUCCAGGCCGCCCAGGACGAGAGUCUUGUCCUCCUGACCUGCGUUCUCUACCUAUGUGUCGCUUUUCUGCUCGGCGACAUCGACUCGGUCAUCCGCCACUGCAGAUAUGGCAUUGCCAUCAUCGCAGAGUCGGGAUGUUCGGGCUGGGCGCGAGAUCACCUACUGCCAAUCUUCCGCCGCCUGCACGCGUCUCCCUUUGCCGCGCGAGCAUUCCGCCAGGGGGCGGCCUUGCCGCUCGACUUUGACAUGACAAGCGAUCUUGCCAAUACGCACCCCUUUGUCACGGUCUUGGAGGCCGAGGCAUCCCUGUGUGACCUCAAAUACCGCACGCGCGAACUUGCCCCGAUGGGCCCCAGCUCCAGGCAAGCGCGCCUGAAUCCCGAUCCAGCACUACGAGCCCACUGCAAGGUCUUGCUCGACCGGUGGUCCGAUCGCGUCACGCCCCUGCUUGAGUCGCCUGCCUCCAGCCCGGCCGAGCGCUGCCUUCUGUGCCACCUUCGCGCUUCGCACGAGAUGCUGAAGAUCCUCGUCGACAUUGGCGGUGAAGGAUCUGAAAUGUCGUUUGACAGACACACCGAGUCGUUUCGGACCAUAAUGGAACUGGCAGAAGAGGCGGCAGCGCUCAAGGUGGCUCCUCCGGUAUCGUCCCAGCCGCAACGAGCCUGCUUCACGUUCGAACCCGGCCUGCUGCCCAUCCUGGCCUUCACCUCGAGCAGGUGCCGCGACCUGCCGAUCCGCCUCAAGGCGCUGACGUUGAUGGGGAACGCCGUCGCGGCCAAGGAAGGGCUCUUUGAUGUCGGUACCAUGUACAGGGUCGGCCGACGCGUCACUGAGAUGGAGCACAGCAUGUCACUGGAGGACUGCGUACGCGCAGUCGAGGAACGCGAUGUCCCCUACCCACCCGAGGCGAUGCGAAUCUUCGCCGCCGACUUUGACCACAAUCUCCAAGUGCUAAAAGGACCAGACGGACGGAUGACGUACCGCAGGUCGAUCAACAUGCUGGUCCGGACGCCGGAAGGCCCUCGAGUCGUAGCAUCCGAGUAUCUCACCGACGAUAUGCCCAUUCAUUGUCCUGGUAUCCCUAGCAUGCGAUCAGCCUUGUUCAACUCUUCCAUCGAGGCGGCAUAG